AACGUAUCUAUUUUAUAUUGACAUAGUUAUAUACUUAAUCUUGACAAGUUUAGAUAAGAUAUUAUAUAAAAAUGAUUACAAGAAUUAUUAAUAAAUUAACACUCGUUCAGUAACACAAAAUAAUAUUACGUACAUUCUGAGUUGUCAUAAAAAUAUAUAUAAAAAUAAUAAAUUCAAAUAACGUGUAGGUUAAAAAUUAAUAUUUCGUGAGAAUCAAGAAAUACUUAAUAAACGACAACUAUGUCGAAAGAUAUUGUUAUCGUUGGAUCAUGUAUGAUUGACUUUGUCAGCUAUGUUCCACGUCUCCCUAGACCAGGUGAAACAUUGAUUGGAUCGGAAUUUAAACGAACUUUUGGAGGUAAAGGGGCUAAUCAAUGCGUAGCAGCAACUAAACUCGGUGCUUCAACGUUUUUAGUGGCUUCUCUAGGUAAUGAUAUAUUUGGCCAGGAAUACUUACAAUUACUUAAAUCUCUAAAUGUCAAUAUUGAUCAUUUAAAGAUUAGAGAUAAUGUGAAUAGUGGUGUUGCUCAAAUUAUGGUAGCUGAAAAUGGAGAAAACAGUAUUGUAAUUGUUGUGGGAGCAAAUGUACUUUUAAGUCCAACUGAUGUUGAUGAAGCUCAUGAAGUUAUUAAAAAUGCAACAGUUCUUCUUGCACAAUUUGAAACUUGUCUUGAAACUACUCUCUACGCUUUGAAACUUCACAAAGGACAUGGGACUUCAAUUGUAAAUGGUGCUCCAGCGAUAAAAGAUGUUACUUCAGAUAUUUUAAAAAACUGUGAUAUAUUUUGUCUCAAUGAAACAGAGACAGAAAUUAUGACUGGAAUUCAGUCAUUAACAUUAUUAAAUGCACAAGAAGCAUUUUAUAAACUAUUUAAUAUGGGAUGUAACACUGUUAUAAUUACCUUGGGAGCUAAUGGUGCGAUUUUUGCAUCUCGAAAUAAACCAAAAAUGAUUCAUAUUCCAAUUGAUGAAGUGAAACCAGUUGACACAACAGGGGCUGGGGAUGCAUUUUUAGGAGCGUUGGCCUAUUUCAUUGCUUAUCAUCCACAAAUUUCAAUGGCAGAAUCUAUUAGAAGGGCUUGUAGAAUAGCUUCUCAAAGUGUUUUGAAGUCAGGGACACAAUCAAGUUUUCCAAUUAAAACAGAAUUGCCUGAUGAAUUAUUUUCUUAAAAUUGUAUUUGCUCUUAAAAUGAACUAAGAAAAGGAACAAUUUUUCAAUUAUAUUUUCCAUUUUUUUCUUCUCUACUUACUUGUAAAUUAAUUCUUUUUUCAAAUUUUUAUUUUA